AUGCCGAACGUCUUUGCACCCCAGAUCUUCUUCAUUGUCUUCCGAGAGACGCUUGAGACCAGCAUCGUCGUCUCAGUCCUGCUCUCCUUCGUGAAACAGCAACUCGGCAAAGAUGAAGAUCGUGCGAUAUACAAGAAGCUUCGCAACCAGAUAUGGUACGGCACCCUCUCCGGCCUCCUAAUCUGCCUCAUCAUCGGCUGCGCCCUGAUCGGCACCUUCUACGGCCUCGGCGUCAACAACUGGGCCUCGAUCGAAGAGAUCUGGGAGGGCGUCUUCGCCAUCAUCGCCUCCCUGAUCAUCACCGUCAUGGGCGCCGCCCUACUCCGUGUAUCCAAAAUGCAAGCCAAAUGGCGCCUCAAGCUCGCCCGCGCCAUCGAAGCAAAGUCUAACAGCCCGCUGCACCACCACAACAACGCUCAGAGUGGCGGGAAGAUCGGGCUAAGGCAGCGAAUGAAGCUGUGGGCGGAACGGUACGCACUCUUCAUGCUUCCAUUCAUCACCAUCCUGCGUGAGGGUCUCGAAGCGAUCGUGUUCAUCGGCGGCGUCAGUCUCGGUUUGCCGGCGUCAGCAAUUCCGUUGGCCACCUUCACCGGUCUACUAGCAGGCUGUGCAGUGGGCUUCCUGAUCUACCGCUUCGGGAAUCUGGCACCGCUGCAGAUCUUCCUCAUCGUCUCGACCUGCUUCUUGUACCUCGUCGCCGCAGGUCUCUUCUCGCGUGGCGUGUGGUACCUGGAAGCAAACGCGUGGAACAAGGCCACUGGCGGAGAUGCUGAUGAGAACGGGUCCGGCCCGGGAAGCUAUGACAUCAGGCAAAGUGUGUGGCAUGUCAAUUGCUGCAACCCCGAACUCAACGGCGGCGGCGGCUGGGGCAUCUUCAACGCCCUCCUCGGCUGGCAGAACUCGGCCACUUAUGGGUCAGUCAUCAGCUAUAACCUCUACUGGAUCUUCGUUAUGGCAGGCUUCAUUCUUCUCAGAUGGCGGGAGAGGCGAGGUGGUAAAGCCGACUCUGCUGCUGUCGACGGCGGAGUCCUUGCCAACGAGAAGAAGCUGAGUGAGAGUGAUGGCACGGGUAGUGGAAGCGAAGGCGCUAUCACUGUCGCGCAUGGAAAGACAGACAAUGGUGGGGAUAUCUCGCCCGCCUGA